ACAGUGCGUGUCCGACCGUUGGCGCGACCGGAUCUCUCGGCGGAGGGAGGCUGCCGCGUCGCCCGCCCGCUCGCCAGCGCACGCUCCGUUCCGUUACUUCACUCGCGCGCAGGGGUUGGCAUGAGGCGCUCGUGCGGGUAAGCCUGGCCUCCUUGUCGCGUGUCGUGCAGUGCGCGAUACUCUCGUUCAUGUGUGGCGGCGCCGGCGCGGGUCGCUCCUGAAACUCUGCUACAGUUCGUCAACUUAUCAUUUUUUUUCCCCUUCUCAUAUUUUUUUUUUUUUUCCAAAAUGCGCAAACAUGUGGAUGCGCUCUGUUUCUUCACGUUUGCCGCGGUCAUCGCAACCUUUCCCCUUAGAGGCGCGGCGGCGGUGAAGCUGACGGCCGUGAGCUUCCCGGACGCGAUCCGCAACGGCUCGGUGGCGGACGUGGUGCUGGACUGCGAGUACUCGGUGGACGAACAGGACCGCCAGCCGGGCAAGCUGCCCGUCGUCAAGUGGUUCUUCAACGGCGACCCGCAGCCCGUGUACCAGUGGAUCCCGCCCGACCAGCGGCCGCAGGACCUGGGCGUGCUCAAAGGUCGCCUGAACCUGGGCUACCGCGCCACGCGCGACCGCAGCACCAUGCACCGCGCGCUGCAGAUCCUCAACCCCACCACCGAGCUGUCCGGCGAGUACAUGUGCCAGAUAUCCACCUUCGACGACGAGCAGACGCUCGCCAAGAAGAUGAUCAUCUUCGAACCAGAAAAGACCUUCGAAAUCAUGUCCAUCAAGGAGAAUGAUAACAGUGCAGUGAAUAUCACCUGUAUUGCCGAGGGGGUGUUCCCACAGCCACAGUUGACAAUCACUUCUGAUAUUGGGGAAAUGGAGCAGGAGGUGUUCAAAGUGAUGCGAGACGGGGCGUUCGACGUCGCGACGUCGGUUCUGCUGGACGACGACCUCCUGCCGUCGCCCACGCAGUUCGACUGCGAGCUGCAGAUACCAGAAGCCAACUACACCAAGAAGACUGGCCUGCUGUACCACCCUGGGCCCCCCACUACCACCACCUCGCCCGAGCCGCCCGGUGCCAGCACAGACUCUGUGCCGGACGCUAACCUCAGCUCCGUCGCCAACGGCGCGCCUCCCCGAAGCAGCUCCCAACAUGCGUGGCUGGUCCUGAUGGCGGCAUGCCUGCUGUGCUACAGGUUAUGAACCACAGGCUGAGUGGUUGGAGUCCGAGGUUGCUGGCCAAUGCGCGCCGUGCCCGCCCGGGCCGUGGCCAACCACAGGCGCGCUCCUCCGCGUGACGUCACCGCGGCCGCGACCAAUGCGGGAGCGGGACUUGCACAGCGCGCUCCGCCCGCAAAACUCGAUUUGUCGAGGGGGAGGGAACCUAGUGGCAUGACAAUAUUUUCGCACACUAUGAGAUUCAUAUGAUGUACUAAUCUAAAAGUGUUAGAUGUAAUGUUUCAGUGAGUCUUGUGAGGGGGAUAAAAAGAGGAAUUAAAGUUAAGCAAAUAAUAUCAGGUUGUGCUUUUAUAGUUUUAACUAUGUUACUAGUCUCACAAAUUAUGUUAAAGUCAUUUAAAUGGUUAUAUGAAUAUAGAUAGUAAGGAAAGUUUAACAUCAGUCAAAAAAUACCAUUACUUAUUUUUUAAAAGGCGUAUGAUUCUCUAAUAAAAUGUUAUGUAUUUAAAAAAAUUACAACUGGUAACGCAAAUUAGGCAAUAUAUAUUUUUAAGGAAAAUUUUAAUUAAUUAUAAAAUUAUGUUUUUAAAUAAAAAAUUAAUAAUUUAGUUUUAUCUAACAAAUUUUUGAACGAUGUUCCAUAGAAAUGCAUAUGGUGUUAUUUUCUUCAUCUUCUUUCAAAAAUGUUUAUUAUCUCCCACAUAAGCUUACAGUGUUAGGAAUCAAGAUGUCAUUUGUAGUUCUCUCAAGUAAUGGUAUAAACCAAAGAAAAACUUUCCUUCUUACCAAAUACUUGUAAUAUAAUUAUUUUUAUGUAGUAACGAUUGUUGCUUCAAUGUAAAUUUCUGUGAAAUAAAACACUGUAUAAUUUGUUCAAAAGAUGAAUAUAUGGAAUGAAUUAAGACGUUUAAUGUGUGUGAUUAUAGAAUGAGAAAGUUAACAAUACUUUAUCGUGUAUCAUUGUAACUUAAUUUAUUUAUAUCAAGGCUUCUACAAGAAAAAUGAAUUAAGCAAAUAAGAAUGUUGAAAAAAUAUUAAUUAUAUGCCUGUGAACUGAAGCGAAUCUUGUGGGUACAUUUUGUAAUUUUUCUGUGUAGAAAAUAUUAAAUCUGUUGAACAAAUUAUAAUAUAAUUGAUUUUUAACAGAGUUGUAAAAUUAAAUACUAAAAGAAAUUCGUCUUAAAAAAAUUAAAAAAAUAGUUGAAUUUAAAUAGUUAAUUUUUUUUUUGUGUUAAGUAUAAUUCUUUUGCGAUGAACAAACUAAUUUGUAAUUUUUUAAAAGUUUUAAAUAUUUCAGUAGUCAGUUAUAAUACUUUGUAGUCCAGUAAAUGCUUAAAGAAACGGGGCACAAAAUCAAUUUAAAUUUUUUACAAUAUUAUUUACAAAAAUAUAAUAUUUUUACAGUACAUAGUUAUAAGUUAGUCUUGAGUAGUAAUCCCUAUGUAAUUGCUGAAAAUAUACAUACAUAAAUAUAUCGAAUAAAGAUGUGCCUACAAGCUUCGCACGGACAAUGUUCUUUUAAAUAUGAAUUUUAUUGCAUGUCAAUGAGUUUACUAAUCUUAACAAACUGUGUAUUUUUAAGACUUGUAUAUACAACUGUCCGUUGAUUAAAGCUUGCAGUAAUAUUAAGAAUAUGAUGUCAACUUUAAAAGAGUGUAAUAAUUAUUUUCAGUUUAUGUAAAAUAUAUUUAUUGUAUUUUAUUUAUAUUUGCUAUAGUUACCAAAGAUUUGAAAAGCAAUGUUCAUAGAUAUAUUAAAAUUAAAAUUGCAGGUAUUUUUAGCCAAAAUAAUUUUAUUCUAGUCGAACUUGAUGACAAUAUAAUAACAUUAAAAACCUCUGAAACCAAUUUUAGUAGAAAUUACGCAAAAGUGCUUGUUAAAUAAAAUUUCAAGCAUAUAUUAAAACUUUUACAGUAAAAUUUGUUGCAAAAAGCCACAUGUUUACUUUAAAGCCCGCGAACACAAAAUAUGAUUAUUAAAGUAUUUCGAGUAUUUUUCAAAGCAUUUUUAACAAACAAUCUCGUUUUUUUAAUACUUAUUAAGGAUCUCUUAUUAAGGAUGUUUACAUUUCUAAAGGUAAUUAUAAAUAAAAGUUAAAAUAUCUAUUAUACUAUUUGUUACAAUGAUCGUCUUUGUAGGAAAAAGGGCAGCUAAAUGUAAACAUUAAUGUGAACAAGAAUUUCUUAUACACUCUUAAAUGAUGUAACUAAUAGAAUCUAAUGAGAUAGCUGUGAUAUUGUUAAUGUUUCAUGCAAGCUCCAGCCUGACAAUUUUUUUAAAAUUAUUUAGUUUGUAUUUGCUUAUAAAUUUUAUUUCACUUUAUAUGUAAAAGUUUUUUAUUUUACUAAAACUGUUUUUUUAUAAUUUAGGAGUAAAAUUUUUGGGAAAACAUGUGUGAUACUUUCAUGUGUUUCUUUGUCAAAAAAGGUUUCAGUUGUUAAGCGUGUAUUCUCAGAUCGUAUAAAUUCUUCCAAAGAUUACUAUAUUGCCUAUUGUAAACAUAAAGAUAAGAAAAAUGAUGGAAUGUAACACUUUAAAAAUGUGAAUAAAAGAUGAUUUUC